GCGUGUAAAUUAUAUUCAGCUGUUUUGACGUUUCGUCUAGUAAACAAACAUUUCUAUAUACGCAAAUUUUGUUAUCAAACUUAUUUAGUAAUGUUCCGAGAAAUCGGAGCAAAAAAUAAAACCGUGAAUAAACCGUCCUUGGAGUGCAUCUCAAAUGUGAUACAGUUCGAAUGUGCAGAGAUCAAAACAGAACCGCUGGACGGACUGGAUCCCGAACCGGAUAUUAUUUUCCCCCAAGUAUGUAAUCGCAAUUCUAACAAUGUGGGCAUCCAAACGGCCAAGCGGAAGGUUACGAGUCGAGGUGUUCAGGUCGAUUUACAACCUGUUCCUAAGGAAGUGUGGAUAAAUUCUCAGGUUGGUACAAUAACGGAUGAACCGCUUGCCCCAGAUGUAACAAAUGGAGCCAUCGAGAAGCAGUGUAGGAUAUGUCUGCGGCGCCUACCGGAAACCAGUUUAUCCUACAUACUGUUCCCACAGAAAACGAAAAUUCUCACUGCCCUUGGGAUCAAAGUGUACCUUGGCGAUGCAUAUCCGUUUAUUUGCCGGAAUUGCACAUCGCUGGUUGAUCUGAUAUAUGAUUUCCGGAACACAUGCAUGAUGGCGCGAAAUAUGUUAGUGCAUGAGCGAAAAUCAAUUACCAACAAUGGCUGGGAUCGAACGGAGAAUUUAGAGCUGAUCGAUAGGUGUAAAGUUUUGAUAGAUUCCCAUAAACGUGAUAUAGAGACAGCUUAUGAAACAACGUCUUUUUUCAAGCAAUCCUUGCCACAGGAAGAGGUUAAAAUAAAACCAGAAGCAAUCGAGCUGGUGAUGGUGGAUCAAAUACCCGUCAGUGAAACAAAAUUGGUCGAUGUAAUCGACUCACAGCCGGAAAAUGAUUCAAGCAAUCAUUCUCCAGUGGCGCAGUUGAUGGCGGACACUAAUUAUAGCAAGUCAGAUUCAGAAAAUAGUUCGGCAGAGAAUGACGAUCAAAACCAAGACGAUUAUGAUUCCUCUUCAAGGGAUGAGGAUUACGCGCCAAGUCCUAUGCCAGUUCCAAAAACGUUCAAGAAGAAACGAAUCCGAAUCGUUACAAAGCCAUAUAAAAGACGACAGCGAAAAGAGAAGGACUCGAGUGGGGAUGACCAACUAGCCCUGCAGGAUGCGGAAGGUAGGUUGAAAAAGAAACGAAAGAAUGCAGCCGAUCCAAAUCGGAAGCGGGGUGCUCUUUGUGAUUUCUGCGGAGAAUGGGUCGAAUAUCACACAGUCGAAAGCCAUAAAAAUCAGCAUCUAGGUGUUAAACCUUACGCAUGCCAAACGGAGGGAUGUAAAUUAUCCUUUUCUUGUCGGAAUUUAUUAAUAAAACACAUCAAACGUCAACACGGAGCAGACGGGCCGGAAUAUCAUGAUUGUGAGGUUUGCGGCCAACGAAUCAAGGGUCCGAAGGCGGCUCUCAAGAAGCACCAGAAAACGCACACAGAAGAGAAGAAUUUUAUUUGUGCUGUUUGUGGGAAAGGUUUCACCACCCAGGGCUAUUUGCGGCAGCACUCGAUAAUUCAUACCGACUUGAUGCCAUUUGAGUGUAGCGUGUGUCACCGGAAGUUCAACAACAAAUACAACAUGUUAACACAUGAGAAGAAGCAUUUUCUACGAGGUGAACCAUCGUCUGCCAACAAUGCUUCUAUCGUUGAGGAUGUAUCAACCGUGUUGCCACCAUUUGGUGUGUAUCCCACUAACCAACCACCGCUGUCUCUGCAGCAGGAACAGCACCAAUCGAUUCAUCUCAGUGCACAACAGCCAUUGCUUCAUCCCCAGUGAAAAUGUUCUAGGAUUGUGAAUGUGUACAUAUAGAUUAACGAACUAAUCAACGGUUUUGAUACAAUUAGAAAAUUUGAGAAAUUACCAUGUCAUCGAAGGAGAGAAAAAUAGCGUGACUAAAUUCAUGUCACGUUUUUCACCACACGCACUAGAGAGAGAAAAAAAGCUGUGUGUGGUUUUGUUUCCCCUAGCUAUGUGGACCUGGGCCACUCUGAAUUGGUUGACCCUCCAUAACAUACCGUUUGUACGGAAAGAAGACAAUUGUACUCCAGGCGCGGCCAACAGCUCAACAACCCGUACCAUCAGAUGUGCCAUUUAUAUGAAGUAUUAAACGAAUAUCGAAUCUGGAAAUAAUAUUAUAUUAUAAUGAAAACUUUCAUUAAAAAUAUCGA